AUGAAUACGACAACCGCAUAUGGGCUCGACCAUGUCGAACAAGGCUGUCGCUUCCUAAGAGACAACAACAACACGUCGCAGCCGGAGCAUCUUCUACGAGCUCUUAGUUAUUGUCAAAACUAUGCCUACCAGAUCAUAGCCUCGCACUCACAGCAAAAACACCAGCUGGGCAUAUGCUACCAGAGCCUCGCAUCCCUGCAGCAGCAGUUGGAGCAGGAGCGCACUGAACAUGCAUCCACACAUCAGCAGCUUGAGCACGAACGUGACGAGCACUGCAAAACGGAUUCACUGCUUCAGGAAGAACGGCUAGGCCAUGGGGCUGCUAGGGCGGAACUGAGCUGGCAGGGUGAGAGGAUGUUGGCGGUUGAAAAUCAGUCUGCCAACGCCCAUUCCGCUCUUCAGGAGUGUGGAAAGUUCGCGGACAGCCUGAUCCAGCAGCUUUCCAUCGCUAACGGAGAGGAGGCGAAUUAUACAGCGGACACCGGCGACCCUUCGUUCCCGAGGCUGGCGGAUCUGUUGCUCGAGCUUACCUCACUAAGAAGCACACUUCAUUUGCUACAGGAGAACGACACGGACGGGAGACUUUGCCACCUCUUGGAGGAGAACGCGCAGCUGCGUCGACGGAACGGAGACCUUGAGAAACUGGUGAGCGCGGGCUGUAGCGAAAUACGUGAGAUGUCUGGGCAGCUAGAACGCCUGAACAGUCGCAUUGAGUCCCAGGGAAAACCUGUUUCUGAGCGAAGAAGCAGGAGAGCUGGAAAAGUCAAGGAGGAGCCUCGUACCCCUACUGUCAUUGAUGCACUACCCAAGUAA